CAGACCAAAAAGGAAGAUAGUGCAGAUUUUAUCUCCAUCAGCGGAGAGGUUUCCGGGCCUAUUUUGGUUUCAUGGAUGUUGCUGAGUGUUCAUCAGCCGCAAGCAAGCACACACAGAGCUAGGGCAAAGUUAAACAAAAAAAAAAAAAAGCGGUGUGACUCAGACAAAUUAAUACAGUCCAUCCACACAGGGACGGAAAUAGCAAAACAAGUCUGUGGAACGUUUUGUAUUGAAAGGCCACCAGUUGCAAUUGUUUCCUCAUCAAUUACAGGCUGACAUAAUGUAAGCAAACCAAGGUGCAUACCAAACAUGAUGCCCUCCCCAUCCUCCGCUGCCCUUUCCCUUUUGAAGUGCCUUUCAUCCCAAUUAUUUGUUGUUUUCCUUUAUUUUGGGGGCUCCACAUUUAAAUGCUAAGGAGAUAAUUGCGGACUGGUUGUUAUGAAAGCACAAAGCAGGAUGGUGCAUUCUGAGGGUGGGAGAACCCCUACAGAGAGAAUUCUAUAAAAACCAACCACCCACCCAUUUGAAGCAGUUAAGAAGCUAAAUUUGAAAAAUAAAUUCACACAAGUCCAAGAAAACUUUUCACAAAUUCACUGAAAUUGUAGAAUCUGCAGAUCAUUUAUUUUAGGUGAGUUUUACAUAGGAGUUGUCUGCCUGGGAGUUUAGAACACAAGAAAAUAGUAUGAAGUAAAAAUAACGAUAAUUGCACAAAAACAUUUUUUAUUUAAUUUUCAGCCUAAUUUGUAUUUGAAAUGGGACGGUUAAAAAUGUAAACAACAAAAUAUAAGCAAAUAUUGUACCCAUUUCGAAAAAUCACGUCGGGGCUAAUGAUUGGUUGCAGCUCAGCCAUGUCCCCUGUGAUUGGCUGUAGCUCUCUUUCAAUCAAAUACUUACCUCCGAACCAAUCAUUAGGUUUGGCGGCAGGUGGGUGGGGCUACAUGACGUCCCCACGGAAGCAUUGCCCUGUUUGUUUGCUAACAACCUCCCUCUCCAAACUACACCAUUAUGCUUGUUUUUCAUGUCUUCUGACGAUGGAGCCGCUUCGUCUCUAAGUUCCUCUCCACUCUCUCGGUGGUCUUCGCUGCCCGUAUGGUGCCGCGGGUCUGCGUUGCGACGCCGCCCGGGGCUUCUUGCAGUGUGUGUGGCCUUGUUUGCUCCGUCAGUCAUGUUUAUUUCCUGAAGAUGGCGGCCAGGGGGACACUGUGAACUAAAUGACUGUCAGAAACAUCGCCUCCAUUUGUAAUAUGGGCACCAAUGCCUCGGCUCUGGAGAAAGACAUCGGCCCCGAGCAGUUCCCCAUCAAUGAGCACUACUUUGGUCUGGUCAAUUUUGGCAACACGUGCUACUGCAACUCGGUGCUGCAGGCGCUCUACUUCUGCCGGCCCUUUCGCGAGAACGUGCUGGCCUACAAGGCCCAGCAGAAGAAGAAGGAGAACCUGCUCACCUGCCUGGCUGACCUCUUCCACUCCAUCACCACGCAGAAGAAGAAAGUGGGCGUCAUCCCACCCAAGAAGUUCAUCUCGCGCCUGCGCAAGGAGAACGACCUCUUCGACAAUUAUAUGCAGCAGGACGCCCACGAGUUCCUCAACUACCUGCUGAACACGGUGGCUGACAUCCUGCAGGAGGAGAAGAAGCAGGAGAAGCAGAACGGUCGCCUGAAGAACCACGGCCCCCCCGUCGAGGCCGAGACAACGACGACCGAGAACAAGACCGAGCCCACCUGGGUGCACGACAUCUUCCAAGGCACGCUGACUAACGAGACGCGCUGCCUCAACUGCGAGACGGUGAGCAGCAAAGAUGAGGAUUUCCUCGACCUUUCCGUGGACGUGGAGCAGAACACGUCGAUCACGCACUGCCUCAGGGACUUCAGCAACACGGAGACGCUGUGCAGUGAAUACAAGUACUACUGUGAGAUGUGCUGCAGCAAGCAGGAGGCGCAGAAACGAAUGUGCGUGAAGAAACUGCCCAUGAUUCUGGCGCUACACCUGAAGCGCUUCAAGUACAUGGAGCAGCUGCACCGCUACACCAAGCUGUCGUACCGCGUAGUCUUCCCCCUGGAGCUCCGCCUCUUCAACACGUCCAGCGACGCUGUCAACCUGGACCGCAUGUAUGACCUGGUUGCUGUGGUGGUCCACUGCGGCAGCGGUCCGAACCGAGGGCAUUACAUCACCAUCGUGAAGAGUCAUGCCUUCUGGCUGCUGUUUGACGAUGACAUCGUGGAGAAAAUUGACGCUCACGCCAUCGAAGAGUUUUACGGACUUACCUCAGACAUUUCCAAGAACUCUGAGUCGGGAUACAUCCUCUUCUACCAGUCCAGGGAGUGAUCAGCGUCCUCCCCUUGUCUCCUCACCCCCCCUCCCCUACUUUUGAACUGACUUCACCUGCAUCUGAGCGCACUUUAUGCAAAUUUAGCCCUGCUCUUUGACUGAGAGAUUGGCGUAUGAAGUGACCCGUUGUCAUUCCUCUCUAGUCCUAUGCAUUUUUUGUAAAGUGAUAUGUUAAUUUUGUCAAGCUACCUACCAACGGGAUCAGCCGGCACAGCACAUUUACGACAUAUUCUGUAGAUGGAGUCUUUCUCUUGUAUUUAUUGAACUUAUUUAUUACUAUUAGCACUAACUGCAGCACUAUAGAUUUUUUUUUUUUUUUGCAUUUUUGCGGUGCUUAGCGCAGACACCCAUUGUUCCAGUUUCAGCAGUCUGACGUAAGUGGGCUUCCUUACUGUCGUUUUGUUUUCUUUUCAAUUUUAAAUGUGUUUUUGCUCAUUUGAACACUAUUUUUUUGCUAAUCAAUAAACAUAAAAUACCACA